GAUAUCUGGGGAGACCCGGUGUCUGAUGUUGCCUCCCUUCAGCCGGAGACCUCUGAAGAGAUCCCGGGAGGAGGCCCGCUGCUUCUGCAUGACACAGUCUGGCUGCUGCGGCUGAGGCCUCCGGCGGCCACGGAGCCCCCUCCGAGAGCCAGGAUUCCGGCUGGAGCCUCGCUAAUUCCUCCCUGUCUUCAACUGAAGAAAGAAGAAGAAGGGGGAAGCACGCACGGAGGACUCGGCUCCACUUCUGGCGUCGGUCCUUCCCCCACUCCACGAGGAGAGCUUUCAGACCCCUCUGGAGGAAGGGGUCGGAGUUGGUUGACGGCCCGGGACUUGCUUUCCCCUAAAGCUUCACGGGCUUUAUUGCACCGAAGACUGGAACCUGAGAGAAGAUAUCUGCCCUGAGCCGUCGUUCUCCCCAAAGGGGAGGAGAACCCCCAUGAAGCCUUGAAGCUAAAAAAUCUCCAAUGCUCUGAGAAGUGAGUGACCUAUGAAGAUUGAAGAAGGACCGCCUUCCUAACCUCCUCCCCCCUCGGUCUACCCGGCUUCCAUCUCUUAGGGGACCCUAAAAUCCGCCUUUGGAGGGCUGUAGCAAACCGUCUUUUUCCGAAAGAACAUUCGCAUACAGCUGGUGCAGGCCAUGAAUAGCAGCAGCACUUCCCACUCUCCAGUUCCCAGAGUCGGGUAUCUAGGAGAUCAAUAGAGGAAAGGUGGGGGUGGGGUGGGAAGCGGCACUAUGGCUGCUGCCGGCGGCUACACAGACUUGCGGGAGAAACUCAAGUCCAUGACAUCCCGGGAUAACUACAAGCCCAGCAGCCGGGAGGCCGCCGUGGUGGCCGUGGCGGCCGCGGCUGCAGCUGCCGAGCCCUACACCAUCCCGGCCAAGCGUAAAUACCACGAAGACUCGGAUUCAGAGCGCAGUGACUACGAGGAGCAGAAGGAAGAGGAGGCCCGCAAAGUGAAGAGUGGCAUCAGGCAAAUCCGCCUCUUCAGCCAGGAUGAAUGUGCCAAAAUCGAGGCCCGCAUCGACGAGGUGGUGUCCCGAGCAGAGAAGGGGUUGUAUAACGAGCACACGGUGGAUCGGGCGCCCCUCCGCAACAAGUACUUUUUUGGAGAGGGCUAUACCUACGGAUCCCAGCUGCAGAAGCGAGGUCCGGGCCAGGAGCGGCUCUAUCCACCUGGGGACGUGGAUGAAAUCCCGGAGUGGGUGCACCAGCUGGUGAUCCGGAAGCUCGUGGAGCAUCGUGUCAUCCCUGAAGGCUUUGUCAACAGCGCAGUAAUCAAUGACUACCAACCCGGAGGCUGCAUUGUCUCACAUGUGGAUCCCAUCCACAUCUUUGAGAGACCCAUAGUGUCUGUCUCCUUCUUCAGUGACUCCGCCCUCUGCUUCGGCUGCAAGUUUCAAUUCAAGCCCAUCAGGGUCUCUGAACCUGUGCUGUUCCUGCCUGUGAGGAGAGGGAGUGUGACUGUGCUCAGUGGAUAUGCUGCUGAUGAAAUCACCCACUGCAUACGACCGCAGGAUAUCAAGGAGCGUCGAGCUGUCAUCAUACUUAGGAAGACAAGACUCGAUGCCCCAAGAUUGGAAACAAAGUCCCUGGGUAACUCUGUGUUACCCCCUGGUUACACUUCUGAUCGUCUGUCAGGAAGCAACAGGGACCAGAUUCUAAAACCAAAGCGGUCCCACCGAAAAGCAGAUCCAGAUGCUGCCCAUAGGCCACGAAUUUUAGAAAUGGACAAAGAAGAGAACCGGCGUUCUGUCCUCUUACCGAAACACAGGAGGAGGAGCAGCUUCAGCUCUGAGAACUAUUGGCGAAAGUCUUACGAGUACACAGAGGACUGCGGGGAGGAGGACGGAAGCCCAGCCCGAAAAGUGAAGAUGAGGAGACACUGAGAAAUGAGCAAAAGGACUCAAGCUGCAGAAACCAGCCUCCCUUCUGUGAAAACUUUCUUUGGCUGUUUCUCUUAGCAUUUUUUUCCCCCAAGAGUUUUUUUCUUCAUUUUAGGGCUGAAGAAAGGAACUGGGACAGGAUCCAGAUUUUUUUUUUUUGGUUCACUUAUUUUCCUGAAUGGAAAUGAUAUGGAGGCAUCUUUGUUUCUGGGGAGGAUUGGUUACCACCUGAGCAGUCAGAAGGGCACUUUGCCCUCACCAAGCAGAUAAAGUUGAAGCUGUGCUAGGCUGUGUUUAUUUAAAACACCAAAAAUGUUUUACUGUUUCACUGCUGGAGAUUCAAGAAAUUAGUCCUUUUGCUUUAAUUGUAAAUUUUUUUAAACGUUCUAAAUAUAUUGUUUGACCCCCCCUAGAGUUGAAACUUGGUCAUGGCCUCUUCAUGCUUUACCAACUUUAGAAUAGAGCUUGCUAAGCCCUAAGUCUCCUAUAGAUUUCUUUUCUCUAACCUGCCAUUUGGUAACUGGAAUCUUGAAGUUUGCAAAUUGUUCUUUCUGCAACAGAUUUCCAAGUUGCUUAGGACAUUUAGCUGAUAGCUUAUGUGGCCACUGCACCAAGUUCUGUUUUCUCCUACAUGUGCAGUUGUCAGUUCUCAGCCAGUUCUUGACCAUUCCCAGUGGCCCAAGAGAAAGGGGGGGGGGGGGGGUUGGUACUGGAACAGAGACCUUUGCUUAAAUAGCACGAUUUUGUUCAUAAGUAUCUCCUCUCAUGCAUUUGGACAUAUGUGUGAAUAUUUGGAUAGUGGUAGAGUCUUCUCAUGUUUUGGUCGGUUUUAGAAAUUUUUCUAGCAAGGGGGACUGAUGUCUUUCCAAGUCUAGGGUUUGGAAUAUGGAAAAGUGUCAUGGCGUGUGGGUGGGGUUUUUGUCUAUAUCUUUU